GAUCCGCUUUCUCCCGUUUCUUCACCUUUCCUUACUCCUUAUUGUUAGUUAUAUUGUUUCCCAUGCUCCUGAUAGAAGGGCUGGAAUCCGUGCUCCGGGAGUAUUGGAAACCAGAUGAACUUUAACGGCCCAUCUAAUCACAUUCCGGUCCUCCUUUUUAAUUUCUCUUCCACUAUAUGCUUACUCCCCACUGCCACUAAAAUUAUAUGGCUUGCGGUGAAGUUUGUUUUUUCAAAACAUUUGUUGAAGCAGCCGGCAGUGGUAUUUUCUGGUGACUCAAAAAGAGGCCUUUUCUGCUUCCUUUUGUUGUCUUGCACUCCCUGAUUUUGCAGCCCCAUCACCUCAUGGAAACCACAAACUCUAGAAAGAAUUUGGCUUUCAGUUUGCCGUGGGAAAAAGUCUAACAGCUGACAGCUUUUGACGUUACAACAGAAGACAAAUUCCCAUUUUCGUGCGCUGGCUAAUCUUGUAGUCUCGUGGCAUGGUUUUUCACAAAUUGCAGUUGAGCAGGUUAAAAACGACAACUAACGCCAACCAUGAAAGAUCCAAGUCGCAGCAGUACUAGCCCAAGCAUCAUCAAUGAAGAUGUGAUUAUUAAUGGUCAUUCUCAUGAAGAUGACAAUCCAUUUGCAGAGUACAUGUGGAUGGAAAAUGAAGAGGAAUUCAACAGACAAAUAGAAGAGGAGUUAUGGGAAGAAGAAUUUAUUGAACGCUGUUUCCAAGAAAUGCUGGAAGAAGAAGAGGAACAUGAGUGGUUUAUUCCAGCUCGAGAUCUCCCACAAACUAUGGACCAAAUCCAAGACCAAUUUAAUGACCUUGUUAUCAGUGAUGGCUCUUCUCUGGAAGAUCUUGUGGUCAAGAGCAAUCUGAAUCCAAAUGCAAAGGAGUUUGUUCCUGGGGUGAAGUACUAAAAUAUUUGAGUAGACGGGGCCCUCUUUUGGUGGAUGUAGCACAAUUUCCACACUGUGAAGGCAGUAUUAGAAGACUUAAUUGUAAAAGCUCUCUCUUGUCACUGUGUUACACUUAUGCAUUGCCAAAGUUUUGUUAGUCUUGCAUGCUUAAUAAAAGUGCUGAGACUGUUAUUAAGUAAUAAGCUGUCAAACAUUUACUGAAAAUAGAAUUGGCCCCAUGGCUUGAUGUGAAGACAGCGAGGAAAGAAGCACCAGUCAAGAUGUAACAAAGCGCCAAAUUAAAAUGACCUCUAAAUCUUCGUGAAUUGCCUUUUUUGAGGCUAAACUGGUCCCUUAGCGUUAGCUAACCGUUGUUAAUGUCCAAACUUUUUUUUUUUUUUAACGAGUAAAUUUAAGUUCAAGUUGUUAGGCAAAUUUCUCAGUUCAGACUUACUAAAUUUGCAUUUGUCACUAUCAAGAAGAAUUUCCGUUUUCUGAAGAAGGCCUUGUUAAUUAAUUUGAAACAAUUCAUUAUAGACAAGUAAGUCUUUGGUUACUGAGGUUAUAAGGUAAUGCUCAUGAUGAGAACUAGCCCUGACUUUUAUGGUAUGUUAUCACAUAAGAAAUGUGAAUCCUCCUAGUGUUAGAUCUGAGGAAGCAUUGCAUCUUCUCAGGUGUCACUGCAUCAUAGCCAUGCCUAUGUGAAGUGCAACAUUUGACCCACCAUAAUCCAAUUGAACAAAGAAAUUGUAACAUGAUUUGAGUGGUGCUUUUCCUUGCUUUGUUAACCAUCACUACAAUGGUCUGCAGCACAACUUUUCUUUUAACAAAGCUAGAACAGUUUUGGCUUCUUAAACUUCAUACUUGGGUAGGUUAAGCUGCCAUACGUGUUCAGUGUGAAUAGUGUUUAAGUUGAAAAUAUUGUAAAAAAAUUAUAUUUUUUCAAAAAUAUUUAAAAAAAUAAAUAAUAGUAGAACUGA